GCAGAUGAGCUCAACACUCACUUGAGCGAAGACCAUAUUGGUAGAAAAAUGCUUCAUAACCUAUGUCUGCGAUGUCGCUGGCAGUCGUGCGCACAUUCAGAUGUUCCAUUUAAAAAGCGAGACCACAUUAUAUCGCACCUCAAGUCACACUUGCAACUCAAGCCGUUUAUAUGUCAUGCCUGCAACAAAUGUUACAAAUGGCAGCACGAUUUCCAUAAACAC